GGCACCACAACACAACUCGAUUCACUUCCAAUACCAAUAACAAUUCUUUUCUUUGCUUUUGCAAUGAAGGAACCAUCAAAUUCAAAACCAUGGAGACCAUUCACAUCAAAUUGUUGCACAACUGAAAACCAAACAAUAUUAAGAAACUUUAGUAAAUGCAAGCCUUCACGUUCAGAUUAUUCUAAGAACAUUGCUCCUUUACCAUCUUUUAGGAGACUAUCUUUUUCUGAUCUUAGUCGUUCGUCUUCAACGCGAAUCAAUGAAGAUCUUGCACUGUCUUUUGGUUCUGAUUUGUUUGAUUUUCAGCUGAGUGAACUUCGUGCUAUCACUCAGAAUUUUUCUAGUAAUUUCUUGCUUGGUGAAGGUGGUUUUGGAACUGUUCAUAAGGGUUAUUUUGAUGAUAAUUUUAGACAAGGUUUGAAGGCUCAACCUGUUGCUGUUAAGCUUUUGGAUAUUGAAGGUUUACAAGGACAUCGUGAAUGGCUUGCAGAAGUGAUUUUUCUUGGGCAGCUAAGACAUCCAAAUUUGGUAAAAUUGAUUGGAUAUUGUUGUGAAGAUGAAGAAAGACUACUUGUCUAUGAAUUCAUGCCAAGAGGAAGCUUGGAGAAUCACUUGUUUAGAAGACUAACAUCACUACCUUGGGCAACAAGAAUAAAAAUUGCAAUAGGUGCUGCUAAAGGCCUUUCUUUCUUGCAUGGAGCUGAGAAACCAGUCAUUUACAGAGAUUUCAAGACUUCCAAUGUCUUACUUGAUUCAGACUUCACAGCAAAAUUAUCAGAUUUUGGACUUGCAAAGAUGGGACCAGAAGGAUCAAAGUCACAUGUUACAACCAGAGUUAUGGGAACUUAUGGAUAUGCAGCCCCAGAGUACAUCUCAACAGGUCACUUGACUACAAAAAGUGAUGUCUAUAGCUUCGGCGUAGUCCUGCUAGAACUGCUCACAGGAAGAAGAGCAACAGACAAAACAAGACCAAAGACAGAACAAAACAUUGUGGAUUGGACAAAGCCUUACUUGAGUAGCAGUAGAAGAUUGAGGUACAUUAUGGAUCCAAGGCUUGCGGGACAAUAUUCUGUCAAAGGUGCAAAAGAGAUUGCACAUUUGGCAUUGCAAUGUAUAAGUCUGCAUCCUAAAGACAGACCAAGAAUGGCGAUGAUUGUUGAAACACUUGAAAGCCUAGAACAGUUUAAAGAUAUGGCUGUUACUAGUGGACACUGGCCAAUAUCAUCAAAAUCUACUAAAAAUGUUUCAUCAAAUAAUAAGGUGAAAGCUAGAGCAAUUAGUGUAAACCAGAAGAAACAGGCUCCAGUUAAGAGCAUAAAGACUUGAUUAAUGUGGAUUAUUAGAAGAGUGGUUUUUAAUUAAGUGUAAAAUGUAACAUGUGGUAUGGCUAGAGUGACUCUUAAGCCACCCUAUAUAUGUGUCAAACUAUAAAAUAUAUAAUAUAUGCAUGCAUGCCGUGUAAACUGUAUAUUGUAUAAUAAAAUCUUCCUUUUGACAUCUGA